UUCUUUUGCUCUCUAAAAUCCGCAAGUUUUUUUCUGCAAAUUUUUAUUUCAUCCGAAACUAAAUUUAUUUUUUCACCUCUUCCUUUUUUCUCUUAUUUUUUUACAAAGUAAAUAUUAAAUAGCUUGCUGAUAAAAACUUGCGGACUUUUUGGGAGAUUCGAGUUUUGGAGAUUCGACUUUUUGGGAGAUUUGAUAAUUUUUAAUUUAAUUUUUUUUUUCCAGAGAUUUUGAUAAUUAAAAAAAUAUUUCUUUAAAAAAUGCUCAUCACUAAUUCAUUUCGCAAUAUUACAAAAAGAGCUUUUUCUCUAUCAUCACCUUCAAGAACUGGAGUGGUUCCUUUAGUUCUUGACAAUGAUGGACGUGUUGAACGUUUUUACGACAUUUAUUCUCGUUUAUUAAAGGACAGGAUUAUUUGCGUUAUGUCCCAGAUUAAUGAUUACACAGCAGCAUCGAUCAUUGCACAAUUGUUGUUUCUUCAAGGAGAAAGUGGAAAAAGUCCGAUAAAUAUGUACAUAAAUUGUCCGGGUGGUGUUGUCACUGCAGGCUUAGGCAUAUAUGACACGAUGCAAUACAUUUCUGCGCCAGUUUCAACUUGGUGUAUUGGACAAGCAUGUUCAAUGGGAAGCUUAUUAUUAGCAGCGGGAGAGAAGGGAAUGCGUGUUUCAUUACCAAAUGCACGAAUUAUGGUCCAUCAACCUUCUGGAGGUGCACAAGGAAUGGCUUCUGAUGUUUUAAUUAUGGCUGAAGAAUUGAGCCGAAAUCGAGAACGUUUGAAUGAAAUUUAUGCUCAUCAUACAGGGCAGACAGUAGAAAAAAUUGCUGAGACGUUGGACAGGGAUCGCUUUAUGAGUGCUAGCGAGGCAUUGGAAUUUGGUUUAAUUGAUAGGAUUGAAAAUCACAAUGGAUCUUCACCAGCUAUUAAAGUUUAGGUUAAAAAGGUUUUUUAUUUUUUUAUAAUUAAGAAGGCAUGUUUACGGUUACAGAUUUUAAUAUCUGUAUCCAAUUAAAAAAUUUUUUUGGGUAUAUCCGUAUUCGUUUGUGUCCGCGACUUUUUGACCAUAUUCGCCUGUGGGUAUCCGCGAAUGUAUCUGGGUUUUUCUUAAAGUGAUCAGAACUCAAAAUUUUUCAAAAGGGUCUAUCCACGGAUAUUAUCCGUAUCCGUGAACAUGUCUGGAAUUAGAUAAUGUCAAAAUAAUAAUAUUUGUUGUAAGUAAUUUAAAAAAAUGUCAAUUAAAAAUCAUAAGAAAAUUGUGGGUUUAUUUUCCUUUCAGUUUAACCUUAAUUUUUCAAGUUUCUGACACUACCUCCUCCCUAACACUCAACCUCAUUUUUAACCAUUUAGAGAGGUGUUUAACUACA